AGGCAGUUUUUCUUCUGGGUCUCCUUUUGUUCCCUUCCUCUUUUCCAUUUAUAACCAAUUCUUCCAUUAUCUUUUACUUGUUUUCUAACUGGUUUUCUUAAUAUUCGCUUAACAAACUGUUUUUCUAUUUUGUUUUGUUUGGCUUCACAUGUUAUCUCGCUUCGCAUCUCCUCCUUAUGCUCUUCGUUUGUUCUCGUCCUCGUUGACCUUCUGUUUGAAAUAGGCUCUCUUUUCACUAUUCUACGAGUACCUGUUCCAUCUAUGAGUAAUUGCCGGGGUUUUUUCUUACACCUAGUUUGAGUCGAUACAUUUUUUUAGGACUUGCAAGAAUGGCAAUCAAAACAAAAGACUUUAUUCUAUCCCCUUCGAAAGGUAGGGCAAUGCGUCGCUUGAUGAAAAAUCAAUCAGAGCUGUAAAAGUAUAACCAUUUAAUUGCAUAUUUAGGAUUUUUUUGUCGGGCGCCUUCGUCGCGAAGAGGUCCACAACAAGAUGUUGCACAUACGCGGCGUGGUCUUGCUCGUGUGGGUUUUCUUGGCCAGAAUUUCGGGAAGAAAAACGACAACAUCCACACAUCAGAUUCCCACGGCAUUCUCAGAGGUGACAAACAUGGGAGACACCCCGCCACCUACAGAGGCCGCACAGUCAGCACCACCUUCAUCGCAGUCAUCCACAGAGACGGCACGCACAGCGCACGAGGACGUCGUAGCGGCGACGCAAGAGAACCCCUCGGGCGGAGCAGUCGUGUCGCCUCCAUCAUGCUGGGAGUACACAAGUCUAAAAGAGGUUGACCUAUCGCAAUUUAGCGUGGCGGCUUGUGACCUCGAUGGUUACAAGAACCUUCUCGCGGCGCAAAAGCUGAUGCUUAUGCGCCUUACCAGCUCAUAUCUACCACCGUUGAUCUUUUACUCGAUGACCCAACUCACGAAACGAGUAGUUAUUUAAUUAUAGGGGCAGCGUUUUUUUGGAAGCUUCUUGUCACACCAAUUCACUAGGUUAUCUUUUUUUACCUGUUUUGUCUUGCCAGUAGUUUAGGGUGACUACUUGAGACGCGUUGAUAAUGGUGAAAGAGUACCGCUUUGGACCCUGAGUCAGGAUGUGCAGACUUUCGCAAAGGAGUACACACUUGAUUACUUGAGCUCUAAGAAGAAGAAGACUGGCGGAACCGUCUUUCCGGUGACGGGACACAAUCCAUCCAUUAUGUCAAGUCCCCUAAUUGUGCCAAACUCUACUUCUUGAGUAGGAAGAUGUCUGGCUACCUGGUGUGGAACUUCUUCAGAGUAGGUCGGUGUCCGUGAGGACCAGCAUCAUACUUACUUGCUGCGUAUAGAAUGAGCAUUCAGCAAAUAUAUAUAAGAAGUCACAUCUUUCAUCUAGCAGUCUCUUUCUCACUUGGUAUUGGUGCAUAGCUUUGAGCUAGCUUUUCUCAUUUGGCGUCGAAAUGGUCUGCACACGUAGUGUUAAUAAGUAGUGGCUGUGUCGGUAGUAGCUGUUGGAUUUGCGUAAGUGCAUUGUCUCUACACCGUACAUCAUUACGUCUAGCAUCCGCGAAGCUCAAAGUACAUCAUAAAGUAAACGAGCCGUCUAGUUUCCCUCGAUGUCUAGUUUCCCUCGAUGCUUCGGAUGUUCUCAGUCCUUUUUCGCUUAGAGUAAUAUUUUUGUGAAAUAAUAUGUGUUUUUGUCCCACUUCUACUUCUUUCAUAUGCCGCUAUCAACUCCACAAUCCUGAUUGGGCCGUUGCCAACAACCCCGGUGUUUAUCUGAACGGGGCACUGAUCCAGGAUUUUGGCGGUAAGGUCCUAGAAAGCACGACAAUGAGCGAGGAGCAAAUGCGCAUGCUCCUCGAAUUUGAAAUCGACGUCUACAAAUCAGUGGAGACUAAAAAGUUCGGAGACUUCGGGCUCCUUUUUCUUACAGAUGAUGGCAUGAUUAGCAUGGAAAUUGCAGGCGCUGCGGUGGGAAGCGUAAUUUUUUUUUGGCAUCGUGGUCGACGUGUGCAGAAUGUCUAGCGCUUUUUUUCAUGUAGAACCCAAGUGCAAGUGGUGUAAAACGCUUAGUACUUAUUUGAUCUAGAGAUAGAUAAUCGACCAUUUUCGGUAACGUGUAAUGAAAUUGGUACCAUCAGGCACGUGCCAAGAGGCGGACGGAAGCUAUCGAAGGCUAUAGAAAGAAGCUCGGAGUAUCUGACGGGAAAUAUCUCGCAUAUAAACAAGAAGAACUAACGAAAGCGAUUUGCAGCGCAAAAGAAACAGAAGGAGACGGGCAAUGUCAACACGUACUCAUUAGGCAUGACUAAGACCGAGAAUUUCUGUUCUAUCAGAACUGCAUGCGCAUAGAUUUACAUAAUCGUUUGUUCUAUUCAAAAGUAGGCAUAAUCGGGAUCCUCGGAGUCGUAUGAAGUUUCGUAGUUUUCCCAUGAAGCUUGCUAGCGAAAUUAAGUGAUUGACACGUGGAUUUUUUAUCAUGAUAAAAUGCAGGUGUAUCAUUCGGUAUUCGUGUGGCCGGAGAAUCCUGAAGCAGAAGGCGGGUCUGACAAUUAUGCUAGCCUGUUGAAAGGGCACAUCACGGAGACGAAAAACCAACUCGAAGAGCGCUCUAAGCCGUCUGCAAGCGGUGGGAACAAUCGUCUCAUCUUCACGAUACGAGAUCGCCCAUGGCCUAGCAUCGACGUGUUGUAUAAUAAUGUCAACAAAGCCUCUGGAAUCGUUACACUGAUCAACAAGUCGAAAAAGCAACUAGGAUUCCCAGAGCAUGUCACUGCGGAAAUUAAGGCGUCCUCGCGUUCAUUUUGAGUAAAAGUUUGAAGGUACAAGGGUAGCGAAUGGCCUCAUCCCUGAUAGUUAGGUCGGACACGACAGAGAUAACACGGUAUGACAUGACGUUCGAGGUUGAUUGGACAUACUACGCCUGGGAAAUGUUAAGUACCUCCUUACCGAAUAGACCUGGAUCAUCAGCACGCCUGAAGAUGAAUUUCAGGAAAGUCUAAGGACGCGAUCAUCGGGAAGCAUUUGAUGGUAUUUGGGGACUCCGGGGCCGAUGUUUAUGCUGGAACUGCUUAGCACAUUUUUUGUGAUCGGAUCACGGAGUGAGUAUCGAGCCUUCGGCCACUAAUGUAGCCCCGUUGUUGUUCAGGAAAUUGUGUAAUGCAAGUGCGGCUGCAACGUAGAUACAAUCUUCAAAGGCGGGACUGGUUCCCUCUUGACGCGGUAUUUUAUUAAUUGAUCCCGGUGCAUCGUAGUUUGAGCUUUCUUUGCGCAGAAGAAACUCUAACACGCGUCGCUCUUCAAGCCCUUGAAGCUCGGAGAGGAGGUGGAAAUGGCGGCGGCAUUGCAGGUGGCAAUGCCCGAAAGCGACUCCGAAAUCAGGGGGCAUGCCAAGUGCAUAUCUCCCGUAGACGAAGUUCUACAAACGGUGGCUGCGGUCCGAGUCCCAAAGCCUUUUGCAGGAGUGCUAGCCGCUAAAAAACCGGGGCUACUUAAUCUUAAGGAACGUCGUUCGUCAGAACUUCUAUCUGAUCUGGUUCGUCUGUCAGAACACAAAGACUACUUUAAUCUGCCUUGUUGUCUGAAAGAACUUGCAUAUAUGUAAUAUAGCUUUUCGAGCUGAGUAUGAUAACACUGUCGGAGCUGGUCUCUGUGGUUACAAUCGCAUCACCAUGAGGAGCACUGAAAUGAUAAUGAAAGGCUAGUAGAGCCGCAAUAAUGCUGAUACUAAAAAAGUACUAUUUUUUUGAUUUGCGAGUAGGAGAUCACGGCUCCUAAUAGAACUCAAUCUAGCUGGCGCCGAUGCUGCUUGUUGGACGGACGUAGCCCGUUCCUUCUUGCGUGCUAGAUUUAGAAGAGCUUCAGAACCCUAACAAGUGCUGAAAGUGCAGAGAGCUAACUUACUCAAGAUAGAGCACAACGAGAGUCAUUACUUACACAUGUUCACAGCCACAGACGGGUGCGUGCUGUCUCCACGUAAGUAGAAUGAUGCUAAUAGUAUACGUGACGGCAUUUUAGUAACGUAAACGUUCUUGCUCCAGACAUACCAUUGUUCACAACUACUCCGUUCAAAGUUUCAACUGACUAGUAGACUGUGGCUGCUUUAAGACGCGACUGUCGCUGAUCGCCAUCGGUGCAUGCGAUCUCGACAAAACGCUCUUUCCCGGGUGGCGCAGAGAUGGGGAAGAAAAUGGGGAGAGAACCAAGAAUAACCUGGUAGCGGCCUACCUUACGGAUGGUUUUUCCUCAUCAUCGGAGUCGGUUAUGCCUUGAGAGGCGAAUAAGGGUUGGCUCAUACGCCUGAGGUAAUGCUACGCCUCCUUGAACAAGACUUGGCUGACGGAAUGAGAUGAGUUAGAGUUUCCUGGGACUAAGACCUGGGCAACAUUAUCCACACAAAACGAGGGAAGAAAAACUCUAAGAAAAAUCUGAAGGAGACCGGUGGCUUCGCGUUUCCGGUGACCGGCAACAACCCUCCCAUGGCGCAGGCCAAGUUCAACGACGCAAAGGCUAUGCUGCAUAAUUCCAUCUUUUUUUCCUUGAUUUUGAAUUGUAUCCCCGCUGUCCUUUUUAUUUUUUAACGAUGGAUGCAUCCCGGAGGGUCCUAUCCUUUUGAUUGUACCUGCUGCCGUAGUUAUUUUUUAACGUGUUUCCUUCGGGGUGCCAACGCUGGAGCACCCAUUUAUUUUCCAAGGUCACUACAUAAGAGCAGCCGAAAAUAUUCUUUAGCGACUACGUCGCGCUACGUUCUCCCAACAUCGUGGAGAUGAGGGCACUUGCUUCCUUUCUGGUGAGAACCUAACACUUCCUCGACAAUAUAGUUGAAACUAAGUCGAACAGGAAAUAUACUGUUCUCAUUUAUUAGUUUGUAUUACAGAGGAGCAGGGCGCAGUCCCUGCUUCCAGGGUACGAGUUUGCUCCUUGUGUUGUAGUAAGUGUCAUCUUGAAAAACGUGGAGUGACACACUUUGUCUACUAAGUGACGGCCAUGCGUACUACUUACGAAUCUGCAGUUUUACUUUGCGCGAGACCUUAUUUCUUUCUAACAAGAAGAUGAUGGCGGACAACCCGGAGGCCCUAUGGGAUGUUUACCGCGAACCGGGUGUCUUUCUCAACGGCGCACUGGUGCAGGGUCCAGGCGGCACUGUCGUGCACGAUCAGCCGAUGGCAGUGAAAAUCGUUAAGAAGCUUGUGGAGUUGGACAAAGAUCCGAACAAGAUGAAGGAGAAAGCCGGCGGCUACGGGAACUUUGGACUUUUUUUCUUUACCAGGACGGGCAUGGCCAGCGUGCGGCCGGUACUAUGAGCCACAUUACCACGGAUUUUUCUAUUUGUGUAACUAGUCUUUGUAUCAAUUAAGGACACCAAACGAGACGCGCAAGUAAGUGCGGACUAUGGCAAGGCUGUAGCUUACUCAUCCAUAGAGAAUGCCUAUAGCAAGGAAAUGAGCUAAAAAGUGGGCUAUUCAUAGCGAAGGCAUUUGUUUGAAAUUGUUGCUGAUGUCGCACGUUCUACAUGUGUUUCGUCCCAAAAUUAGGCCGAUGGACAGACGUGGACGGACGGGAUGAAAGAGGCUCAGAGCGCGGUGCUUGGUUACGCCGGGAGACAGGAAAUCCCAGACAGCGUCACGUGGCACAACACACACGAGGAGCUUCUGGACCUCGUAGAGAAGAAGGAGAUCACUUAAGGCCUGAGGAUGCAACUCAUUUCCAGCGGCCCUUCUUCUUCUGUGUCUCUCUUGGGAUUUUAAAGAACAAAAGCGGGCGGGAAGGAAUUGGGAUGAGUUGCCUCAGGCUCUAAGUCAAAGUGUACCAGGCCGUUUUCGUGUGGCCGCUGUGGUCGAAGCAAUAUUAAGCGCACAGGACAGGUGCACAAUUUCAAUAUUGUCAGUCUCGUGCUGGCGCAUCUCUCGGCUGUUCGUGGUCUUUUGUUCGAUUCUUCUAUACUAAGUUGCUUCGGAGUGUUCUAGUGCUAUCUCGGCCCGAGAAGGUCGCGGCUGUUUGAAAAGAAAGGAAGCGCGACAUGUCGGCGAGCUAUUUGCUUGUUUGGCAUCAAUGACUGACGCCAUUGGGCAUUUCUUGUGAAGAGACACGUGGAACAAGUCGCGACCUUUGCUGGUGGACAGUCCAUGCAAUCAGCCAGAAACUUCCUCAUAUCGUGCUGCGCGCGACUUGGCUCAAGCCUUGUCCGCGAGUGAAGCAAAAACAUUGUAGCAGGGUUGAAGAAAAGGGUGAAAGAGCAGCCCCUACUCCCCGUGAUUAUUCCUCUGCAAAGUUGAAACGGGUGCUCGCUGCCGCUGACGGGUGCCCGAAGUCCACAGUGGUGGCGGAGAGUGGUUAACCGUUUGAAUACACGCCGCCCCCUUUGAGUAAGGGCCCACUAAAUAAACAACGCGGGGCAAGCUUGAAGCUGAUGGCGCAAAAUUGAGCAGAGCUGCCUUGCGUAAUGAUAAGCCACAAACUCUUACGCAACGUAAAUUAGCAGAACUUAGCGCUAAGACUUACCGACAAAAAAAAUUAACUAAAACAAUAGAAAAGAAACCAAAAAAGAGCAUCUACGCCAAUGAAAUUAAAAGACUGAACAACAGGCAACAAGAUGGCAAAGAAGAACCAGGACAACUCGGGCCCCGACGGAGAUGGGGGCAGUUCUCCCGCAGGGAGGCGACCACGCUCAGAGGGCCGCAGAGAUGCGACUUAUGCGAUUAAUGCGCCCACAUCCGACGACUUCGAGGAAGUGCAGCCGUCCAGAGCAACCAACCCUGGCAAGCAGAUGCUGGAGGAUGUUGCCAACACGCUGGCGAUCUUCGACGCAGGGCAGAACAGUGGCCCAAUGUGUACUAGUGCUCUUGCUGGCGGGGCAGAUAAGUCCAUCACUGCGCUGGCCAAAACUUGGAAGGUGAAUCCCUUCAAUCAUCGCAGCGCUACCAUUCGGGGCACAGUGAUGCCGAUGCUUGGGGGUGUUGCGUCCCCGGUUGAAGCUGGUCAACUAAAUGCAGUGAAGGGCCUUGUCAAGAGCAUGCUAGUAGCACAGCGCGCCACAGUGCAAGCAGGACGCCAGCCGGCCAACAGAUUCGACACCCACGAGGAAGACACGCGCAAGAUUGUGCGCAACAUACAACAGGCCACGCUGUCCGAUAAGGACUGGAGCAACGGCAUGAACUUCAUGGCUGACAAGAUCGGCGAAGCCGUGCAGCGCAUCAGUGAAGGCCGUUCCUUCCUCAGCGUGGAAAAUAAACGCAAUGAGGAACGCGUCAGCUCUUUGCGCCAGGAAAAGCUAGCAGCAGAGCGGCGCACUGAAGAAAUCCGACAAGAGGCCCCCAAGAGCGCGCAGUACUUGGAGGCUGAGAACAAGAAGACUGAGGCCACAGCAAUGAAUACAGAGCAGCAGCGAACAGCGCUGGGGGCCAGCUGCUAGACGCGUUGGACAGCCUGUCUCUUCAGAUGGGCAACAGGGUGACAGAAAUGGAGAAGAAGCACUCAGAUGCGUCUGCUGCUGUCUCAGAGGUUGCCAGUGCGCAGAUUAAUGAAAUUCGUACCGAGCUCAAUUCUCUUCGUGCUGCGUCCCGUAGCUAGUGCCAGUAGUGCUCAAUCGAACACAGGCGCGCACUCUUCAAAGGCUACAGGCCGCUUCUUCCGGUGUGUCUUCCGUCUUUGGGGUUCCUGCUGGCGGUGAUGAUCGCAAUGGCCUUGCAGCUGCUGCUGUCAUAGACGGUUCCCAGUCGGAGCACUGAUCCGCUAGCUAUGCCAUUCCGGUAGAAAGAUUAAGCGCCCAGACCGGCGCACCAGAGCCAGGCAACUAGGUGAGAACAGCGCUAGGCGUUCGCUUGGAGGUGUUUGCUUGGAGCUCGUCGCGCGCUCUUUGACGAUGAGGACGAAGAAGAAACAGAGAAGAAGGAAAGCAUGCGUCUGCCCUCUAUCGGUGACGAUGUCACUGCCAGCCUCAAUAGCAAGAGCAGCGCGCAACUAGUUAAAGAUCCAGAAAGCGGAGCAGUUUAGGAGUCGUUGAAAUUCAUCACGCUGCUCGAAUCAGAGCACAUCCGUGGCCACGCUCGUCAUGAUAGGGAGAAAACUGGAGGAAUCGGGAAGAGAAAAGUCUCCGAUAUCGAGAACUUUGGCGGCGAACCAAUUCCCACCUGGAUGAGCACCAUCGGCAAGCUUUUGGGUGGUAAUAUGAAAAGCGACACCUUGUCACUCGCUGCUGAAUGUGAGCUCGUCGCUUGGUUGUACAACCAAAAGCACAAGGCAGGGGAGAAGUGUAAGGCCAUGACCUGGCGCCACCUCAGCCACGGAGUAGCGGAGUCAUGGACCUUGCGCAGCUACGUGGUGAGCCUAAUGAAAGCCUUUCCGGGGUUGGCUCUUACUGUGGGAGUUGCCGUGAGAAGGUGGCCGCCCCAGAGCUGGAGAAUCGACGCAAAGGCCCCCCUUUUUGAGCAGUUGGCAACCUUCGAGAGCGGGGCCAGAGAAGCGCGGCGCAUUUUCUUGGAACCAACUACAACGGGGGGCAGGAUGGCCUAGCGGGAUGACCUGGCACAGCGAUGCAACACCACAGAAGAAGUGAAGAGCGACCUGGGGCGCAUGUACUUGCACAGGACAGGACUGCACACCUUCGAACAAGUCGAGGACUACGCUAGAGGAAAACACGCCCAGGCUGUGAUAGACGGAGCACCCAGCCCCUCGUCUGCUGUGAUGCAGGCAGCAGCCAAUGGCGUAAGAGUCGACAGCGUUGCUGGUACUGAUCAACUUGCGCGCCCACCAGUGGCGCACGUUGCAGGCGCUACUUAUGACAAGUUUGGACGCGGGGGAGCUGAACUUCGUAGGAAUCAGACAGCCACUAAUGCUGUGCCAGGAUUUCUUAGUGAUGGAAAGUCGUCGACUGCUAUUCCUUGGAGCGACAGCAGUAGCAGCAACGGGGGAAAGGGAGGCAAGAUGCCCCGCCCGGUUCAGUCUGAGCAAUGUCGGCGAUAUGGAGAGACAGGCCAUCGCUCAAACAAGUCAGUGCGCCAAUCCUCCUCAUUGCUUAGCGUGUGGCAUGGAUGGGCAUUCUCUCAUGAACUGCAAAGAGUGCUCCUACGUUGCUGCUCACUUCGUUGCUUUCACCAGGAAGAUCAAGAGCAACCUGAAAGGAAAAGGCAAGAAGGGCAGGAGAGGAGAGGUUGGCUGUGCUGGCCUGGGGGUCUUUGCGUGUGCAGUGGACAGGAGCACAAGAGAAGUGGCGCACUGUGGGCAAAUCAUGGACGCCGGCGAGUAUCUUGACGAAGGAAGCAGUGAAGCGGGAGCUGCCGCCGACGACAUUUCGAUCUGCGCCAUGUCUGCACAAGACUGGGAACAAGUACGAGCACAAAAAGACGGCGAGAGACAGGGCUUCUAGAUGGCCCCUCUUCUAUUAGUAUCAAAAGGAGUAGUAAGCUAGUACGUUUAGAGGGGGGGCGUGCUUCUGGUCUGGGCUCAAUCUUGGCAAGAGCAGUAGAAGACACGAGAGCUCACGGCAACUCUCUUGAGGAGAUGCUCAGUCCUUUGGUCUUCCGUGGUCCAUCUCAAAAUUAGAGCCUACAGAAAGCACCCUGAGGAGGGCGCCGGAAGUACUACAGCAGACUCUGACAACCAGAACAAGAAGGGACGCAGACGGCGCCUCGCCUUGUUUCUUUCUUUCGACGGUGGUGCCGGCUUCGCAGGAUUUCUCCUUGCUGGUGCUACGUUUGUGAGCAAACUUCUGGCGGACUUGGCUAGCAUAGGCUACGGGUGCGCAGUCUCCCCGUUGGAGAUAUCAGCGCGCGCCGCUGCUAGAGCGAUUGCACUAGAAGGAAGAGCGACAGCGCCUUUUUGUCUUACUGAGGCGAAUGCCAUGGGAGUGGCGUAGCUUCUGGCUGUGAAGGAUGACCAUGACAGUUGGUCGAAGCCAUCUGCUAGGCCUUUGGGUGCCCUCCUUCAGAAGCAGCUCAGCCGUAACUUUAUUAAUGACCCUGGGUGCAGGUUGGAGCACGUAAGGAGGAGAAAGUAGUGGAGCGCUAUCCAGUUCCGCUGCUCAGAGAUUUAACGAAAGAAACAACUGCGCAUCUUCAAAAAACGGGAGCACUACUUGGAAAGAAUUCGGAGCCAUGUUGCAUAAAAAUACGGGAAAGCGCUGGGCCUCAUCGUGUAGAACAAGAAGCCAACGGCAACAGCGUGGCAGAAAUGAACAGCGGCGCACCGGCCUCACAGGCCAGCAGCAACAUAGUAGGCGGCAGCUACUAUAUCGGAAAAGGUUCCACAGCUGUACAGAACAGCGAAAGCAUACAACUAGGACAAGUGACGCGGAACGGGCAGGAAGAUAGUAGCUGGCUGCCCGCAGAAAAUUUUGAUAAAAAUCAGAAGUGCUGCGCUUGCCGAAGAAUCUUGUACGCUGCCGAUGCCGCGCCUUUCUUUCGAGGCGAUGACGAAAAGGCACGGCAUAGGGCGGCUCGGGAUCUGGAUAAUAUCACUAGAAUCCUCGCGACAGACUGCCACUUAUCGCCUGCUGCUGGACAGCUGUCAGGUUCCUCGGGGUCCUCUUCGCAAGCUUGGGAGGGAGAAAGAGCUCGCUGCUGAAGUAGCUGCUGGCGACAUCAGGGGCAUAAUAGUGGACUACUUCUUCCUCGAGCAAGUUGAAAAGCCCGCACGCUACUCCUCCCCAGCGAUGUUGGUGAAAAUUCCGGCCAUAGGAUCGGAGGCUCUCAACGGGAGGAGAGCGAGGCGCUGCACGCGCGCGGGUGGUGAAACAAGUCGGGGCAAUGCACAGGCGCAGCUUAUUUUCUUCCGCUAAAGGAGACAGGGCGCCCUUCGUCAUGCGAAAAAGGCAGCUGCUAGCGCUUGAGGUACUUGGAGAGGUUGGCAGAGCUAUCACCAAGGUGGAGGGCAAGGCUGCUGCUGAAUUGGCAGGAAAUGCGACGGAGGUGGUAGAGGUAGGGGCUGUCCCAGGAAUGCAGUCGGUAACCAAAAUAAUAGGGCAGGCCUCUACGCAUUUACCCGCUGGAGCAGAUGGGAAGGCGCUCAUUUGUGGGGAUCCUCUGAAAAGUGCUGCCGCAUUGGCAGAAGCAGCGCAGGCCAGCCCCAAACUGACAGGAAGCUAGCAAGGCUGUUGCGCGUCUUCAACUAAGUGCAGCCGCUGCCAGGAGAUGCAAACGGGCGCCCUUGGCUGGGCGCGUAGUUAGCUUUGGAGCAACUGCGUGCUCGGAGCAACAGCUAGCAAUGGACCGCGUCGACGCUACUUCUCCUAACGGCGUCAGGGAUGGCCUCGCGCUCCAGGCGCGAAUUAGCAGCGUUCGCGGAAAUGCAAAGAAUGGCGAGGGGGGUGGGAUGGAUGAUAUGAAAGCAGGAACUAGCGAGGCAGAUUCCCAAACAGUUCAAGCGGGUCCCAGUGUCUGAAGUUGAGAAGGCUGCAGGGGCGUGCUGUCUUGUACACCUAGGGCGGACUCACAGACUUGGAAACCCAGGGAGCAGGGUAGCUUGGGCAUGGUUGUUUUACUCGCCAGAGGCUGUGAAGCAGUUCGGCACUACCUUUGUGGGCCCGCCUGUCUGUGCUGUUUCUGAAACAGUCCUACACGCAAUAAGGGUAGUGCCACGAAAAGGGCACGGUCUGCAUUUGGGGCCAAGGGAGAAGCUGCCCGCGCUUGCUGAGGCCAGAGCUGCUAAGUCAGCUUCUUCUCCUUCUGCUUCCUCUUCUGCUCUGCCAUCGGGACACCCAAACACGGAGGACGCCUCCAACUUUUUGGGUGAACUCCUGACGUAUGGAAGAUUGGGAGCAGCGUGCAUUUGCGAUCCCGAUUCGGCGCGUCUCGCUUUCGUUCUGGCUGCCUUUCUGCUCGCCGGUCAUAGAGAGCUGAGAAGGCUUGCGAGUAGCAGCCCCGUCGGAAACGCAUACGAUACGCUGGGCGACUAGAUGGCGUGCCCAGGAUGCUCCUGGAGCGCUUCAGCCAUCGCCCUCAGCUCAAGCAUCUACCACUAGGCGCACAGGUCAGGGCCGCCACUCCGUGAGGAAUGAGCGAACUGACAUCAAAAAUGGUGAAGGAGUCGCAUCGCAUGCGACAACUUCGCAGAGCUUGGACCUGAAAGCGACUGCGUGCGCGUCUUCGAUAGUCAAGAUCUCAAGGACCCAGAGAUAGUCAGAAGCAGACAUCUAGAAGAAGGGCGCGUGAUAGUGCCAGAGCUCAUACUUUCCGACGAAUGGCCAGAGUUUCUUCGAGAAAUAAGAGACAAAGCGCGGGGGCAUACUCGGGGGGCGCCAAUGGUACAAGGAGAGCCGUGUGAAUACCUGGAAAAACCAGGAGGAGCACAAGAGGGCUCGUGGAACGCGGCAGCGUAUUCACAUAAGUCGGCGGGGUUGGCUUCCAGAGUGGUACCUCAAGGCGGUGCUUUGAAACGCUUAGAAGUGCCGGGCGAGGAUCACCGACAGAGUGCAUAGCUUGCCUCGCCUUGUUCUUAUGUACCCAGCUGACACCGACCACGCACAUAGAAGAAGUGCGGGAGACUAUAAAGAAAGGAGAAAGAGCAGGGAGAGCAGUGGGGGGUGACUACUUGACGCAGACACGCAUCGACUGCGGUGAAAGGCGUGCGGUGAGGCGUAGCUCGGUAGUGGGGCCCUACGGUCGUUGCACGGACCUGAAGGGCCCUAUCUGUGGUGGCGUCGUCGAUGGCGAAGCCUGCGCUGCUGCGAUGAGCACUGGGGGUGUCCUCGCUCUCGUGGUCACUCUCUGCUGUUGCGUGACUCUUUGCAGCCUGAGAACAGACCGCAUCUACCUGGCGAAGGUGAGACCGAUGCAGAAGGAGACGAUGUGGCGGAGCAGAGCAAGGAGGAAAAGCCGGCAACCUUCACCCUCGACGAAGAAGACGAUCUGCUGGCAGACAGAGCCGAGUGCGAAGAUGGGACAAAGGCACCGCUCGGAGAUAACUGGACGAAGCUCCUAGGGGUGUCGGGGUGAGAUGUCACAACGAAAGACGGCGCUUGCGCUCUGUUCCGCAGGAGGAGUGCUCAGGGGGUGCAAAUGAAGAAAGUGCUCCAGCGGCAGAAGAGCUCGGCAGUCGAGGGGUAGCGGUGCAGUUUGUCAUCAAUGAAGCUGCUCCAAACAUCUACGAGGAUAAUCUCGGACCACCUUGCGCCGCCCUAUACCCGAUGCAGCGUCGUCCUUAUCUGUUGUAUCCAUGCUGGCGUCGCUGUUGUCCCAAGUGUCCCCCGGGUCGGCGCCGUCAAUCCUUGGGACGGCUUGUUGGUAACGGCCUGUGUCAAACGCCCGGGCCUCUCUAUCGGUUGAAGUCCUCCUUUCUUUCGCUCGUGCUCCUACGCCAUCUCCGCAAAGAGCGCUUGCUGCAAGGGCAGCGGGAGAAGAAGUGAGCGAAAGAAAAUGGCACCUCGGUCGGGGUUGGAGGGUCGGCUUCGUGGCGCCUCCUAAGGGCGUCGACAUGCCCUGGGGUUACCUCUAAGCGCCGACGCGACCUGUGUCGCGACGGCAUAGGUGGCGGGAUCAGGAACCUCUGCUGAGGAUAUGGCGCUGGUGGUGAAACCGUAGGAGAGCGAAGCGCAGCGGGAGCCUCAAACGCUCUCCGGGGCGACCGGGGUCUUUCGGCUAAAGUCCCAUCGGUCACGCGCCCGAGCGGUGUCGUUACAGCAGGUCCUUGCUUGCCUUUCCGCUGAGGCGGUUCAUGGUGUGGCGUUCUAGUUUCGGAAUACUGCUUCGGAACUCGGACUCUCGGAGCCCGUGUCAAAUUGACAUCCCAUCCUCCGAGCUGCCGCACCUUGUGAAGCAUCCUGGGCCUUAGGUCCCUGAUCUUAGCACAUCCCAUGCGGGGCCUGUGCUGGUCUAUGACGUGACUCAUGAGUCGUGCCUCGCUUAGCGCUUGCGAGACUCUCUCACUUUCAGCAAAGGUCUCAAAUGGCCAAUCCUUCUCGGUAAAGGCCUGCAGAGCUUUCUUGAAAAGGUAACCCAGCUGGUUCCUGUCCACUGAGUUGAAACACGUGCCAUUAGGCAUCUUAGCGCCGUUCUCAGCUCUCCAGUUUGCAAUCAGAUCGGCGCAGAGCCAGACUUGGCCCGGCAUUCCCUCGCGUCGUAUCCGUAUGCUGCCGUGCUUCGUGCCGCACGUCGGGCAAUCUACAACCUGCGGGGUGGUAGUGUGAGCAAAACAGUGGGCGGCUGUAAGGAGGUGGAAUAUAACACAGUCUAGUCGAGAGUGGUUACCCCCGCGCUUCUUGCUGUUCUUACCCGCUCCUUUUUCUUUUGUCUGAUUGGGCUCUGUGGACCUCCAAAGUAAGUCUGCGACGUCGAGUCUGUUUCGAGUGUCCGCACCUAAAAGGGAUGGCCCUUCUAGAGUAUCACCUCGUUGGUAAUCGUUGUUGAGCUCCUCCUGGUCGCCCUGCUCCUCAUUGAGUCGGCGACUUUGAGGGUUUUUGUUCUGCCGUUCUUUGUAGAAUCUGCCCGGAUCUAUUGACUGUCCCUCAAAUCCGUCCCUGAUGACGAAUUCCAGGACAUCCGACAGACACCUGCCUGCCUCAAUAUCAAAGGCAAGCCCGCUCAUGGCUGCUUCAGUUUUCAUGGUCUUGCACAUAUUUCCCAUGGACGUGCCCUGUUGUUGAAGCGGUUUAAGGAUUGCGUGAAAGACUUUACUAUCCUUGCGACUACUCGGGUCUGGAUUUGGGUAGUAAAGGCGCCCCAGCUCUGAGAUGUGCCCUCUGUCUGGCUGGAGGCCGCGAAGUGUGAAAUUAGUGCAAAUGUGAACUCCUGCUGAUCUGCUCGGGUUCUCUCUCGUCGGUGUUUAUACUAUCGGAGAUCAUAGGUGACCAAAUAAGAAUUGCACGCUCCGGAGAUCUCAGAUAGUUUUCUGGAUGGUCUUCGGAGAGGGCUGGGGAACUCCCCGCGAGUCCACUCUCUCACCUCAACCAAACCAACGGCGCCACCAAGCGCCGCGUGAUUACCAAAUCACUCCUACGAAUACCACAGGUGCCACCAAGCACCGCGUGAUUACCAAAUCACGCCUACGAAUACCAACGGUGCCACCAAGCACUACGUGACCACCAAAUCACGUCCACCACCACCGCCACCACUACCAAUAGCGGCCUUUCCCCGGCUACAGCCUCGUAUAGGCUGGUGGCGGGAACAGGACUCCACUGCUGGAGCACGUUAAAAUACCGCUUGUCCCCCUAUGGACCCGCGGCAAUAACAUGCACAGCGAGCCGACGAAGACACACACCGAACUAGUGCGAACAGGUACCGAAAGAAGAUCCAAGAAACAUGUCCUGCGGUAAUGCCACCCCCCUUUGGGGAGCGGCUACCCUUCUUAAGGGGCUGACGCCUGAAGCCAACCUUACACCCGCAACAGGACGAAAAAGUGAAAUAGAUCCAUGCUCAGUAUAUCCUCUGUUCCUCAACCGGCUUAAGAGCUCUGAUCUCCACGAGAGAACGAGCGAACCACCAGCCACAGCGUACCCGUGUGCGGGGGCAAAAGCCUUUUGUUCCCACUGGCGGCUCAUAUGAGUACAAAGUGCUGCUUCUUGCAUACGAGAAGUCAGAUGCACGAGAUCCAAAAAGCUGUCGAGAAGUGAAUAAGUAUGAAAAGAUCCCGCCUUGACUUGCCCUCGCUCUGUUCCGCAAACAUACUAGGGCCUACUCUCAGCCCCUAACGGGGAGAGAGAACCACGACAGGGGUGGACUAUGAAACCCCCUUACUGGCCGACGCACCCUAGCCCACCGCUCCAGGAAUGAAAGAGACGAUCUACAAAUUUGCGGAUCCCGUGCUCUGGUUUUUCUCGUUCAGCGAUCUGAACUUAUUGUGAUCUAAGCUAGACAAAAUUACGGCACUAAGGCCCACAAUACGGCGCGCCGAAACUUGGCGUAAGCCUGAAUGCUGACGGCUACAAGUGGCAUAUACGAAUAACUGACUAAGCCAAUAAAAAAAUACAUAAGCUACCACUCCACCACUUGAGACAACGAUAACGCCUACUUUCACCAAAACCCAGGGAAAACACAAGAGGAAACUCUUAGAGAAUCUACUUCACUCGCAAAAACCAAAACUACAAAAUGGAGGCACACCAACGCCCUACCAUUGCCUUCGGGCAAAACCAGGCCACGUUGGUGCGGGACUUGACUGAGCCAGAAUUGGCCGCGGUCUAUGUCCUCAGCAAUAGCAUGGCGUUCAUCUUGGACCCUCACCCGCAACUGAAGGAGGACUUGGAUGGAGUCAUGGCCACCCUCACCACCAUGCGGGUUGGUCAAAAUGGCGCUCCGCUGCCGGCCGAAGGCCAAGGCUGGGUCAAGGCUUAUUAAUUUGGCCUAUGUUUCGAGCGUGGAAAAAUAUGAGAAAGAGAAUAUUUCUGGCGCGGCCUUUUUUACCAAACAACGGAUCUCCGAUUGCUUCAACGCGUUGCCGCAAAUUGUGUUGCAUCCAAAUUGCAUGGAACUCACAAAAGCAUGCGGAGGAAGGCGCGGCAUUGAGGCAGUCCGUGAACACUGUGAUGUGGAUACUCCAGCCUGUUUACAGGGUGCAGGGAUCCACAGUGACUACACCUCUCUUCGCGGUCACUUCGCCGACAACAAUCUGGCACCCCUUACACCAUUUACGACCGCCUAGCGCAGGUCUUGUGGCUCUUUCUUGUAGGCAAUAGGGGUAUGUGCUCAACAUACUCUCAAAACGCGCAACAUACCUCAACCACCACACAGCAUGUCACCUGAGCUAGCCUCUGAAUAUUCAUACAGGAACUACCGGACGGCUUCGGCCAACCUCAAGGCCCACCAGUACUACCUGCUCAACUUCAACCACCUGCCCAACCGCCGGUCGAUGUGGCUGCUAUGGUGGCAGCUCAGGUCACCGCAGCUUUGGCGACCAUGAAGGAGAAGCUUGGCCGGGAGUACGAGGAGAAGCGCAAGGAGGUCGUCGCCAAGUUCAAAGAAGAGGAGCAGACCACCCCGAACUAUAACGUCGCUAAACCGGAUGAACGCGGCAUCUACCCAGAUGCGGCGGCGACUGGCUACCGUACCAAGAAAGAAGCCUCGGACGUUCCGGGCUUCAAGGACCCCGACGAGCCGGGCCCCAUCGCGGUCAAUGCGCUCCGGUCUCUUCGCCUCCCGCAUGGUGAUGAACAAGAUCAGGGCAUCUCUUUCCAGAUCACAUGGCACUCUUUACCGAGUGCUAUCACUAGUUUUGUCCCGCCUGCCAACGGACUUACCCCACUUAUGGGUAAGCGCCAACGGCGGGCGGACAACCCGGGCGAGGAUGAGGCAACCGCUUGAGCAAAGGCAUUCCAGCCGACGCCACACAACAAAACCUCUAGCCCGGGCCCAGAUGAUGGCCCGAACUUAGCCGUGCAACCUAUGGCGCAUGUGAACUCAACAUCGGCCUAAAGGGCGGCUAAAGAUAGCCUACACACGAUAUACCACGUCACCGAUGAACUGCAUACCUCAUGACACACCAUACAAAAACACACAGGGACGGAAAAGAUGGCGCUACCCUUCAUCUUACGGGCCUCGACCUCAGCAACCAACUCACCUUCACCUGGAUGGCCACACCAGGAAACGUCGCCUCGUACAAGGGAGCUGUCCUCGACACCCAGACCCAAGGCGGACUACUUGCGGCCGUGGUCUACCCGAACUGCCAAGCUAACUUGCAGGCUUACCGCCGCCUCGUCCCGACCGUCCACCUCGCGCCUACCACGCUACUGCACUGGGUCGCAACACAUACGCCCACGCAGAAGGCCAGCGCCAAAGCGCUGGCGGCCUGGUUAAUCUUGCAAGGCAUCGGAUCCGAGCGGUCGUUUCUCACAAAAUUCCUCACCAUAAAGGAACUUGAGACGUCGCCCAAAACCUUUAUUCUGUUUAAGAAUAUUGGAGGACCAUUGUGCCAAGACCUCGCGUCCACCGCACAGCGCCUGCUUUCGCUUGGCUCGGCUAAGGUGCAACUAUAUACCCUUAGUGAACUCCUAUACCUACGCGAUACAAUCAACCCGGAAUUACGCCAUAUGUCGUCUCUUACAAAUACCACUAUGCUCACACUCACCAUACCUUACCUACAUGUAUGCGCAAACCUACCCUCCCCACCAACCAACCAAUCCCCCACAGGUCCGCCCAACUAUUCCCCGUGUUUUCUGGAAUGGAUGGAACAUCAGCUACUUGUGCGCCCUCGAACGCCGAAGUCAAGAGGACUUGCGAGGUGCCUUGCUGGGAGCAACGUGGGGAGAGAGUGAAAAACUGACUACAGAUGCACAACUUGCCAUGGAGACGACAAUGAGCAUGGCACAAAAAUUCGUACUGUAUAUAGGGGAGGCCACUAAUAUAGACGAAAGUACUAAAUUGGUCUCCCCUUUUCAUUUUUCGUCGUCUGGAGUGGCGAAAAGCGCGCUCGUGUUGCAUUUCAUACCAGUGAUGCUGUAUGCACACGUGCGUGAUGAACUUCGCAAGAACAACAUGCCUUCCAUGCAGUUCUUAACACGACAUCAACAAGAACUACAGCAAUCUUCUAAAGUUCGCUCUGCGCAGUGGGGAAAGGACAAACAAAACAACACCACAGCGUCUCCCUAUCCCGCUGCUGCUGAAAAGCGAGCUAAUGAAGAGGAUGACGACCAAAGUCCACCACGUGCUGCUGGAGCUAAGCGCCGCAAGAAGAAUACGAAGAAGAACAACACGACCACCACCUCUACCACUACCAAGAAGGACGAGACCAAUGCCGGAGGAUAGAUACCAAUCCUGGUGGAACUGGCAGGCGCCGCCGGCUAAGGGUACAGGCAAAAAAGGCCAGCCUCCUGCUGCUGCGGCACCGACCGCCGCUCCUAACAAAGCUGACGCCUGCCAUUGGGUGUGGGCACCGGAGAAACAGUGCUACAAGUCCUGGGAUUCCAAGAACAAUGUCUGGCGGCAUGAUACCAACUGGAAACAGACGGCUGCACUCAAGGACUCCAAAUUACGGCUAAAACUACUCACUCCACAUAGCUAUUAAUUUGUGACCUCUGUUGAACCAUCCAUCUGCCAAGUACCUCUGUCGCCUCUAAUCACCGAAUGGGCCGUCGACUUACCGCGCGGUCGCAAGACCAAUGAAACACCUCACCAAGAUCAGCCACCAGCUCCUUCGUCAAACACUGACGCACCGGCCGACCCACCGGGUCAGCCUACGGUUGCAAAGUGUAAACAGCUGAGUGCUGAGCUAAUCCACCGUGGCACCUUACCGGUGUGGCGCUCCUGGACGGAGCUGGUGGCGGACGGGUGGACCCCUGUGGCCACGACAAACAAGUCGGAUCCUAAAACAGGCCGCGCAUGGGCAAAAACAAUUAAUACUACUCCUUGUGGGCUGUCGGUGUCUAAAGACGGGACCCUUGAGCCCCCAGUGGUUCAAUCCGCGCCCAAACGCGACAAAUACCAGCUGGCUAAGGACGCCUGUGCCUGCUACCACAUUUUCCACAAAUGCGCUUUCGAUGAGAAUAAUCUUACCCGCCCUUUGAUCCACCAGUGGCCAACAGAGGGCGCAAGUAUGAUUGUUAAACGCAAGUGGAGUGAGGCUGUUGUAGCCCAGUCUAAAUAAAAAAGAAGAGGCGCGGAUCCCGAGAGUCCGUAACUGAGAUUCUCAAUCAUGACGCAGAGGCGUUGAGACAACAUUCCAGGGGAACUCGUUGAAACCGCUAUGACGUCAGGAGCCUCGCCAUUUUGUAGCUGAGAUGAAGCAAGAAAAAACCAACCUUGCGAAGCUUGAGCUAAAACGACCGCCGUCGCGCUGUGUCUUCUGCCGCAACUGAAAAUCCAGACUGAUGCCUGCACUCAAAAACUUGUUCAGCAUGUGAAUGAUCAGAUGACCUAUUGGCAACAAGUCGACCACUCAUCAUCCGCGCGCCUAAAUCUGCGACUGUCGGCACCGCUCACCAAUGCAGAACCAUGAGUCUGCGACUGUCGGCGCCACUCACCAAUGCAAAACAGUGAAACAAUUAUUAUGGGAUGAAUGUGGCCGAUCUCGAAGUGCCCCCGGCCCCUAAUAGAGCCACGCCUUGCCUUGUCGCAUGCAACAAAGCUGCUGGCUACUGACUUCAUUAUGUUCAAUACUUAACCAUACACAACCACUACCAACUUAAACUAAGCCCUUGGAUAAAGCGACACCAUAACACCACUCACUACCUUUACCAAUCGAACCACCUCCAGGGAAAUAGCGCUAACGUGUCCGCGCAUACGUGUUAAAGACAAAUACUCACAUUAAAAAAUGAGCACCAACGCACCGGGAAAGGGUCAGAAGGUGGCCAUCCCGCCGAGUCGUAAAGGCCAAAAAUCGGUCUUCCAUGAGAAACUGGCGGCUGCGGCAAAGCGCCGCUCUAAGGGCAUUGGUGAGGAACCAGCCCAGGAUGCCACGGGAAAGGGCCCCCAGGACCCCGCGGCCGCCAUGGCGCCGUACGGUAAGGCGCGCCCCAACCAGGCUGCCUCGAGCAGCGCCUCGACUGGUGCUGGGCCGUACAGCAACGACGUCCCGCCGUCCACUCAGGAUGAAGACUACACCACGCCGGCAGCUUCCUUCUGGAGUAACGAGCUGGGCGAAGCCUACGACCUUGGGGCUCCGAGCACGCAGUUGUCGGCUGAGGACGAGCUACCCGCCUCUACGCAGAGUGGUCAGGAACUAAAGUACGGCUCUGGUGGCAUGGAUUACCUUCCGGCCAUUAUCAAAAAGCCGCGCGAGACCUACACCAUUAGCCAGUCCAUCAGGAAACUCAACUGGACUGACCCGGCGGCAAACCAGCCGGCUAAACUCUGCAAGGACCUGCUCCACCAAUGUGGAAAGCAGAUGGCCUACUUCCUCCGCCACAGUCCAGAACUGGCGCGUCGACAAGUGGUCGAGGGCUGGGAGCGCGAGUGGAUUGACUUGGGUGACCUUCAGGAAACCCUCUACCAUGGCAAGCAUGGAGUUUGGUACCCGCUCGAAUACAUUCAGGCGGCUGCAGAAGUCCCCAACAGACAUGGUGGACUCCGCUUUGAAAUUGCCUACCAUGAACCGGCUCACUACAUCCGCGCAACAUCGGGGCAAUCCCUGAUCAAAUGCACCGGAAACAAGCGCAUCACUACCAAAGCUGAAGCACAAGAAUACGCCGACUUCCACGGGUGCCAACAUUUUCAACCUUAUUUUCCUGCAUUCGCCGAACUGUUAUCUUCUCCUGCCUUGAGCUACAAAAUCUCAACCUACCUACCUUACCAUCAUCCAGCCACCAGUUGCAAACUCUAUCCACCGCCAACCACCUCACCCAACAUCCAGAUACAUCUGGCGCCAGACCUCCGCAGACGCCCUGGCAAACAUUGGCCGAGUCGGCUAUCUGUUGCCGAUGAGCCGCCAACAUGUCCACUGGGGGGACCAUCCGAAUCAUACCAAAUCGAAGGGUGGCGACCGUGUAUGGAUUUCGGCCCACACUGAUGACGUCAUCGAUGAAGGAGUCGCUCUGUACGUGACUAAGACGAAACGUCAGUUAGUCACAGACCCAGUGCCGCUCUAUCUGUGCAGCGUCUACACCUUGGAACAACUCCCACAGAACUCAUGAGACAUUAUAACCUGAUUGAGAGGAGGCGAGACGCCACUUCCCGGGCCAGCUUUUAGGCUAUGUGCACCAGUGUGAGUAUUUGAGAAACAUGCUUUGCCCCGGCUGCCUUAUCUCCACACUGACGGUAGUGUUCGCCAGCUGCUGCAUACCGCGAGGCUAUGACGAGAGAAGGUCAUCCGCCGAGAGAAAGUGGGGCACUCUACAAGCAACGAAGUACACCCCUCGCUAGAUAAUACCAUAGGAAUCAAUAUACAAAACCUAGAAAAAGUAGCACUUGCGCAUCGGUAUAAAGCGCGAAAUAUUCGAGGGAGAAAUAAAAUGACAUCGCGUUUCUUCGCGCCGUUACAUGGCGCCUGGCUCGCGCCGGCUAUGGCCUCUUCCAAGGCCUCCGGCUCCCAGCUGCAAAAGCAAGCCUCGCAGCCCACACCACUGGGAGACCCGACGUGGAAACCACCACCGUCGGAGACCACACCACUCUCACUACCCACACCAUCGCCAUCACUCAGACUAGAUAGGGCCACUAUCCGAAAACGGGAAUACCGCCACACCCUCACGCGCUACUGCAGCAGCGAGAGCAUCGCGCUGCAGUUGCAGGCGCAUGCCGAAGGCACCCUCAUCAGCCGCAAGUACAGCUUUCACGUCUUCCGGGACUACUGGGCGAACCAGCUCCCGCAAGUCCACCCCCCAUACUCAAUCGAACACCUACGUAUCUUCUGCCUCUCUCUGGAUCUCGGCCACCAAUGAUAACUCCGAGCUGGCAAACACCUACUUUGCCGCGGUAUCUCACAGCCUCCUCAUGCCAGAGCUGGACCCACGCACCAACCAACCGCGCAACUGGCUCCAGCCGCACCCUUGCGCCAUUAAGGCACUCAACAUCGCCAAGGAUGACAUCCGGCGGACGUGUGCGGCACGAGAGCCCCUCAAGGCGCCACCUAUCCACGUGGAUGCGUGCCGACGCCUCCAGCCUGCAGAUCGCGCACUUGUGCGUCUGUGGAUCCUCCUGGGCAUCUGGUGGAGCAGCUUCGCCGAGCUCCGCCCGCACCACCUCACCUACCACGCCGACCGCAUCCGCGUAACAGUUAUUCGAGAUAAGAUCGCGAACAAGGAGGGACGCGUGGUUGCCAUCCGCUGCAACUGUACCCCACCACAACGCAAGGACCUCUGCCCCAUCUGCGACAAAACCACACCACAACCAUCCCUACCAGCAGAUGGAAAAUCAAUGAUGGAUAUCAUGAAACAACUGGGGGCAAAAUUCCACUCGCCUCGCCGAACUAAUGCCCUCAUGGCCGCAAAAACGCUGGCCUCCGGCAAACACUUCGGCUCUGAGACCUACAUGAAGGCAAGAGGCUGGAGCACCCUCGCGGCCGUCCUAUGCUACAUGAAGGACCACGCGGACCACGCGGAUGCAGCCUUAUUCCCCGUGGCCGGGGCACUCGACUACACCACCGACGAUAGCAAGCGCAUAACUCUACCCGCUACAACUAAAGACAAAGAUGAGAUCCAGGAGGCGAAUGAAACGCGCACCCGCGAACUGGACGAGAUCGAAUCUCUCCUGUCAACUAAACACGACGCCGCCGCCUACUUCAAGUCGAGGGACAAGUUCCUCGCGGAAGGUACUACCCAAAUGAACGGACAGGAUGUCCGCACAAUCAAGGCCACGCCGAAAGCUGCAUACUGCAAAUCGGCGAUGAAAAAAGUCACCAGGAAAAAGACCACCAACGCCACUACUCAAGACCAGGCACGGAAACAAUCACAGGCCGCUCCACUUCGCAAGAAAGUGAAGUCGAAGUAAGACGCUUGGCGAAAGCCGCGCCGGGACAAUUGGCAAGUAAGUGACUGCUUCCUUAACCCAUGGUCUCACCGUGAGCAUGCCCCUAGGCAGGUAGCUUAGAUGGGAGCAAUGAUUAUUGAAGCGUCAGCGUGUUGCACACCAAAGAGCUAGCAGCUUCUGCUGCCUUUGGCGACAGUGAUCCACAAAAGGGACCCUGACACUCGUGUUCACCCACGCCCUCCUAGAGGCUUUCACUGCUGGAAGCAGGAAGCGAGCCAAAUGAUCGGUAGCAGUGAGUUCUGGUGUAGUGUAGCAUUUGUCUGGCCGGAGGCCGCGAAAUGUGAAAUGAGUGCAAAUAUGAACUCCUGCUGAUCUGCUCGGGUUCUCUCUAGUCGGUGUUUAUACUAUGCUAUCGGAGAUCAUAGGUGACCAAAUAAGAAUUGCACGCUCCGGGGAUCUCAGAUAGUUUUCUGGAUAACGAAAAUGAAAAAACCCACCCACCCACACCAGGAAACAAAAGAUAGCCCAAGAUGACGUCGAAAAAACUAAAACUCGCAUUGAUCAAAACGGCCGACCAGUUAACUGAAACGGUCUGGGCUCCACCUGUCGACCUACGCCUCUGCCAACAAUACGCUAAAGCUAUAUUUGACCAAAAGCGUGAUCGUGAUGACAACACACAAGAAUGGACCAACACGGUGGCACAACCACAAGCCACCCGCUACCUCCUCGAGCUCCAGCAGGACACUGUAGAGACCAGCAAGGCGCGCAUUAAAAAGGAGAGUCCGGCGCACCUGCAGGGCCUCCUCCUUUCGGAGCCACCGCGAAAUGUGGACGCCGUUGAAACAUUGGCCACCCUAAUCGACCACCCUGACACCACCUUCACCACGCGAGUCAUCAAAGGGCUUAACGCUAUCGCCAAUGGUGAUACCGCGGGAGUCUGGAAAGCCAAUCACGCCCCGUUUAUCCGGGAAUCAGAAGUGGCCGAAUUCUACAAGAAGGCCAUCCGUCUCCGCGCCACACCGCCAGAAUUCGACGAUGACCUUCUCCAGGCAAUCAUCGAUAUCAUAGAGCAGGACGCUCAAAAAGGACGGCAUAAGGAGAUCACCCGCGACCUGCUCCAAUGCCAACCUGCCACUGCCUUCCCUAAGGAUGAAUCCACCGAGGAACGCCGCAAAAUCCGGCUUCUCAUCGACAACCGCGCCAAGAAAAACUACUGCCGCACACAAGAAAGACUAGAACUACACGGCACCCGGAAGAUUCAAGACCUCGUCGGCAUCUACAUGACGCCAACCGGGAAGGAGCAUACUUACAUCUCCUCACCACUUGGCCAGACGCGCAAGGAAACCCAUGCACAUAUGCAACACGAACUGGCAACGGCGGCGGCAACGGCCACCCUGCCAGAACCACAUGAAUCCCUCAUGACCCUCGCGGGCCGCCUGUCUGCUACCAUCACCUCCCUCAGCCAGGACGUGGCACAUCCGCAGACACCACCGCCGGAGAUGGCUUCCGAUGAUAUAUCCGGGGCCUACUACCUCUUUGGCAUCGACGACCCCAAAAGUUGCCCCAUAACGGGGUAUGACCCAAGGCAGCAGGCAUACCGGUUCUGGGUCAGCUAUACGCUCAAUAUGGGCGCCAAACCCUCCGUCCCGGCAUUUUGCCGCCUCUCGGAGUUACUAGUGGCCAUCUGCAUCUACUUCAAAGUCCCAGUGUUGGCCUACAUCGACGACCAGAACUACUUUGCCGCAACAACGCAGCAAAUCUUUGCUGCGAGGACUUUCAUCCACCAACUGGCAGCAUGCCUCGGCCUGCCGCUUUCCAAGAAACUGGCUGCGGACCAGUCUUCAGCCAAAACAGACACCCUGAAGGCCUUGGGCCUCGUCUACCACUACACUAGAUCAGUUGAUACUACCCUUCUCACGCUUAUGCUGCCAACCAACUACUACAGCAAGCUCACGAAAGCGUUCGACACCACCCUCACGCAAAUCAAAAAUAAGUCACUCGUCCUCAAGGACCUCCCGAAGCUGGUCGGACUGGCGACCUUCGGCACGCAACAUACCCGACCAAAGAUCGGCACCGAGCUGCUCCGCCCCCUAUACAAAUGGCUGGGCGAGUCACUCUCUCACACCCUCAAGGGAUGCAAGAAGCGCCGCAGCAUGCUCCGCAUCCACGUUGUGGCGCUGCAGCACCUCUUGCCGACCCUACCGCGAAUCACCCACAACAAGACAGCCGCACGAAUUACGCAGUCCUACCUCGCCACGGAUGCAUCAUCCGAUGGUGGACCCGAUGGGCAACCCGUACUAAGUGCCUUCGACAUUAACGCACAAGGAAAGCGCCAAGCAUUCGCUGUGUUAAUCGACCGCCAGCACAUCGAGAACGUCAUCGGUAACACUAUCCGCAUCGAAAUCCUCGAAGCAAUGGCUACCUACCUCGCCCUCACCACCUGGGCAACUGCGAGCGACCUCAUGCACAUCUCCCUCGACAACGUCGCCCAACUCUACGCGCGCGGGAAGAUGACUGCAAAAUCAUCACACUUGCUCAACAUCAUCACCAAAUCCACCCUGCGCGCCGCCUCAGCCGAGCAGCGCACCUUCUACCGCUAUGUCAGCACCCACUUCAACAUAGCGGACAUCUUGAUCUUCUCGAGAGAAGAUUGCGCCUCCUUCCGCCACUUACUGGCUGAAGUCAUCGAAGUACGACAACCAAACUGGACAGUUGUACUAAAAACCCUCAACCAGAACGCACUGCUACCGGAGGUUACGGACUCCGGUCCCGAUACCCGAAAGGACACACAGCCUACCCCUCUUCCAGCGCCGCCAUGUGAUAAUCUACCACCCACAAAAAAGCAACGCAAGUAAAUGGCUGUUUCCUUAACCCAUGGUCUCACCGUGAGCAUGCCCAUAGGCAGGUAGCUUAGAUGGGAACAAUGAUUAUUGAAGCGUCAGCGUGUUGCACACCAAAGAGCUAGAAGCUUCUGCUGCCUUUGGCGACAGUGAUCCAAAAAAGGGAUCCUGACACUCGUGCUCACCCACGCCCUCCUAGAGGCUUUCACUGCUGGAAGCAGGAAGCGAGCCAAAUGAUCGGUAGCAGUGAGUUCUGGUGUAGUGUAACACUUCUGCUGUUGAGCCCACUGAAGGCGGUGGGCCCUUGAGUUCUCAAACCGCUGUCAAAUAGGCAGGCCUCUCUUCGAUUGUACUUCCCGGAUGACGCCUCGGCAUGUCAGUCGCCGUCUCUUUUCCAGUUCCGCAAACAGUGCACACGCCUUGUUUAAGUCGCCAGACACCGAGUGUGGAAUGUCCCAUGCGUCUCUUCCUACUUUCGACUCGACUCGAAAGCUGUCCGCGUGAACUCGAAAUCUCUGAGGAACUUCUACAAGGCUUCGCGUUCAUUCAUCGUGGCCACCUGAGACAUUCCUGCCUCGCAAGUUAUGGGCGGUGCGUGUCGUUCCAGCGGCUUGGCGCCAGAUCCUCCGCCUACGGCAGACCCGUUAAGGCGGCGGGCCAUAGCUUGAAAGGUGCCCCCAGUUCCAGACAACAGUGAUGCGAUAUGGCUGCUGACCAUAUGAGGGAUAUUCAGCUCCAUCGGAAAAGCGGCCGAGAGAUUAUCGUCGGCGACUUCUUCCACCACGAUGGGCAGUGCAGAAGACAUGCUGCUGCGGUAAGAGCGCACGUUCUUGGAUUUGCCUGGUGGAGGUGUAGGCAUACCUACCGACGUGUCGCCCUUCGGCUGAUAUGUGUCCGCAAAGAUCAAAAAACUCUGGAAUGCAAGGCGUGCUUCGGACUUCUCGGCCUGCUUAGCGUUGGUCUUGCCAAUCUCCAUCAGGAACUUAAGCUCCAAGCUACUCCUGGUAGAGGUGCUGGUAGAGGUGGUGUCACGGAUCCACCAGCUCCGGCGUCAGGACGGUUCAGCUCGGCCCUGUAGUGGUCGCCCGGUAAAUGACUGCCCAUCGGCGGGCCACCCGAUCCCAUCCCAAAUGUUGGAUGUCUUGUUCGUUGCUGUCCCGCCGAUCCAUGUCCCGAAAGGGUGGGACUUGCGCUGGCGGCUGGUGGGUGUCCGCGAGUCUCUGAAAUCGAAGGUCGUGAAGGGUGACAGACCGCAGACGACGGAAGAGCUGCCUCUCCAUAGCCUGGCCCUAGGUCCGGAACGCCACCAGGUGGAAGUGCCGGCGCAUAUAGCAGAUGUAUAGACGGCGAAUCAGGAGCCAACCCCGGAGGAUGAUACGCUGGUAAACCCCUAGCACCGAAGUCGGGGGUCGUGAAGCCUCUAAAGUCUUCGGCGCACCUUGAGGGACAAGGCCUUGCGCAGAUGACGCCGCCAUGUCGUUCCCUCCGACCGGCGAGACAAACCCGCCCCGUAGCGCGGCGAAUGGUCCGCCUGUAAUGCCUGGAGAUGGCGCCUCUGUAAGCCCAGGAAUAGGCAAACGCCCACGAGAUUUAAUAGGCCUAACAACCCGCCAGCCAAGGUGGUCAGGUCCAUUAGGUGAGCGUCUGAAUAUAGUCUGCUGUGAGACCGCCGGGGACAAAUACGCCGCACCGCUCUCGGGCGACACUGACGCCCUGCCCUUAUACCCAGCAGAGACGUGCUCAAUGCUGAUCGAACUAGUGCCAUUGCAAUAAGGGCCCUCUGCUCCUUGCUGCUUAAACAGGUCCCAGGCAGCUGACCAAAGUCGAAGAGACUUCUCAGAAGGAAACUCCAAGUGGUGCUUUAUCCGUUCACUACGAGUAGCUCGUCCUGCGGAGAAUGCAGCACCAAGCACGGCUCCACGCAGACAAGUCAAAAUAUGUGGGGAGGUAGUCUUGUGCUUCGUCUUCAAUGUAGAGGUAGCGCGAGUCAAACACUACUCCAGGAGCUCAAUACUUGCCAAUUCUGCGCUGUUCCGGGGACGGAGAAAGUCAACUCGUGGGGAUGAAUAGUCGCUACGAAGAUCUCCGAACUGCGUUUCUCCCGUCACCCAUACUGGAAAUCCAGAAUUGGCCGCGUCUGAAGACAGGCCAUCGCAAUCUCUCGCAGCAGAGGCGCCUACUCUCCUUGAGCGCUCAGUUAUUGUCUGUCCCAGUAGAGGCUGGCGCUCCAAAGGGUCACUUCGGACGCUCCGCUCCUCGUGAAGGUCCUUGAGGGAUGAGCGGGGGCGGUCGUGAUCGUCUCGACCGAUACCACUCGGGUAGGCAUCGGCAUUCAAGUCCAUCGAGUCGUAGAUGUGGGACCGGUGGACUCGAGUCGUCUUUGAGUUUCGGCCUGGAUAGUGGCUCUGCAACGGAGAACGCGGCGGGUCAGAAGGGUCCUCAACCUCGUCAACUGCUCCCAAUAGGCGAUCUUGGCAAGGUUUCGCAACCGGUUCAGAGUCGACGUUUCGAGAUGUCCUCUGAGUCGACACUCUGGACUCUAAGCCGACAUCUAGAAUGGCCGAGGCAAGUCUUCCCGCGUGGCGAUCUUCAACAGGUGCGCCAGAGGCAACACCUCCACGCCGUCCAGGAUGUUGUAGCCCAGCCUCAGCAGCAGGCAACCUCGAAGCUACAGGCAAGCCUUGGGCUUCAAUAGAGGAUCGAGCCCAUAGUCGCGACAGAGCCUCAUCGAGGGUGUUCUGCUUGCGCUGUAGUUCUGCUAUUUGGUCCGAAAAUUCCUUUGCAAACUCGGGCCUGGCCUCUCUUCGGGCAUCCUCGAGAGUCAUCCUCUUCCAGUAUUCCAACUGUAGUUCCGGCACCUGUCCCAGACCCAUGCUCGCCUGAUGGUGAGUGUGAUCUUGUUCCGUAUCCGCAUUGGCGGCGUGAUCCUCUGCGGCGUGACUCGUCUUACUGUCGGAAGACCUCGGGUGACUCCCUUUGCGAGCCAUUCCUUUGACGUCAAAAACAGGCCUCACUGGUUCCAGACUCACCGGUUGCUGGUCCGAGCGAACACCACACGCGGAGGUGGAAGAUGCUGGAUGCGCGAUGUCUGAGUCCGGAGGCGCACUUGGCCGCACGUCCAUCCCUUGCAAGACUGACGCUUCCAGAUCCGUAAGGUCGUCCCCGUCAUUGAACAAGCGUCGCCCGACUAAAGCAUCUUCGUGCGCCGAUGGGUGUCGGCGAAGGGAUACCCCCGUCGGAGUGCGCAAAAGGGGAACAGGAGGCGAAGACUCAUCAUCCUGCUCCUGGAUAGGAGAGAGACUCGAAGCGGGAAGCUGCGGGGCGCGCGGAGGCGGAGCUGCAGGAAAAAGAUCAGUCCCAGGAGCACCCUGUUGAUUCGGGGACUGGUAAGUAUCACUAUCAUGCAGGUCGGAAGGGUCAUCAGAGGUGCCCGGCCCUCCGAGAUCAAUCAGGUUACCGUCAACGCGACUCAUCGGGAGAGUCAGGCUCGGGGUGAAUGGGUUCUGUAUCGAUUCGCGCGAUGUUAUCGUCUCGGGAUUGGGCAUCUUUUCGGUUUGUUUGUAGUUUCUAAUAUAUCGCAGAGUGUCUAUAUUAGAGGCAAUCAGGGAAGAGUGCAAAUAUCUGUAUAGAUGCAGACUCGUCGUGAACAGAUAGGAUCCUUUAAGCAGAGACUAUAAGUCGGCAAAUAAAUCGGAUUGAUCAAUAAAUAUCGAUCAACAAAGGGCGCGCGCCUCUAUGUUGUGCCUCGAGAUAUCAGUUUGCCCGCCAAGACGCCCGGGCAAACUCUAUUACACCAGAAUGCACUAGGUAUGUACUGCAAUCGACGGGGUGAGCUGGCUAGACUCACAGCCAACGUAUAUUAUGUAAUACAACGGUAAGGCUUAGGGUUUCUAUAAUGUAAGCACUACUAUGCCAAGCGUUACUCUAACUACAUUACUACCCAAAGUGUGGCACUAGUUGCCAGCAUCGUUCUCCACCACUUGAACCAAUUAAGAGCACACAACUAAAACAACGAAAAUGGGGUGAGUCGCUAAUAGGCAACAUGACCUAGAAAGGUGCGCACUUCGCGUCUUGUAAAAUAUAGCUACUGCCGGCGCAAAUAUUCAAUCAAUGGCAACAAAUGUAGCACAAAGGCAUCUCCAAAAGGUUUCUCGUCCGACAAAUGUCGCGAAUAAAUGUACUGCCGGGUUGCGACUGGUCUAACCAAUACACAAUCGACACAGAUGAGAAGUCAAACGCUAUAGGCGGAUGACUUGGCUACAGCCUGAAAUCUUGAAAGUCUUUGUGGCACAUCGGCCGCGAAUCAUGUGUGGCGACAAAGAAAGCAAUGCGUAUGAAAGACGGCUCAGCUUGCCUUGAGUUACUUAAGCUCGUAAAUAUGCAGUCACUUAUCUUAAAUGACCAGUCCAGUAUCCUUCUAUUCCCAUAGCGUAAGAUCCGAAGGCGUAUUUCAUUUGUGUGCUCAGUCCUCUCCGAAAGAUAUUAAAUUAAAUAAUGAGUCAAGUGUCGAUCUUUGAGUCAUGCUACCUUAGUGAGCGAGUAGGUGAGAGAUCAAACGCGGUUUCCUUAUGUGAUCAAACGGAUGCUACUUAGUGGAGCGAUCUCGAGCCUCCUUUUGUUCGAUACAAUAGCAACUAUUUAUAUUUUUUCAAUAGGUCCUCCUCAGUAAAGAUCUGGGACUUCUGUUGCAGAUCUUGAAAACGUUUUCUAUUAGCAAACGGCUUUUGGGCUGCCCUUUUGCACCAUUUGAAAUGGGGCGAUCUUUUCGCUCUCUCCUGAGCUCUCUAGUCUGGCAGAUAUUCACUCUGCGAUCUCUGGGGCGAUCUCUAGAGGCCGUGGAAUCGCCCUGAGCUGUAGAUGGUUCUAUCUACAGCACGGUGGGAACGAGGCUGAUCUAGUCGCGAUUCUAGAAUAUGGCCUAGGUGUGAUCUGUCAUAGAUCUAGACAUGUCUCUCGUACGAGAAUGAUUUAGCCUUAUCACGUCGUAAGAUUAAUUAGCUCCCCUCGUAAGCUUAGGAUAAUUGAGGCACCAACAGGAGGGGGCUGCGGAAAUUAGUAGUCACGAGCUACGAAAGUUGAAUGUAAGUUGCAUAGGUAGUCGAAAUUUAUGACGAAAUCGUGCAUAUUUCGAGUAAAAUGAGAGGAAUUUUAUGAAUGGUCGUCCGUAUGUUGACAAGCCCCCCCCUGUAAUUCGCGAGUUAGUCGUCUCUAUUAAGUCGCGAACUACCUGCAUUCGACUGUAGUUCGACCGGAGAGUCUGGGCCGUGAGAAAGGACUACUACCAAGCAGUAGUCUGCUAAGGACUAUUUUUGGGGAACUACCAGUAAAUAUAUUGUCUCAGUUCGUGGCCUUUUGUUCGAUUCUUCUAUGGUAAGCUGCUUCGGAGUUCUCUUGUGCGGUUUCGGUUUGGGAAGGUCGUGCUUGUUUGAAAAGCAAGGAAACUCGGCACGUCGUCGAGCUAUUUGGUUGUUUGGCAUCAGUGGCUGACGUUAUUGGGCAUUUGUUGUGAAGAGACAUGUGGAACAUGUCGUGACCUUUGUUGGUGAGCAAUCCGCGCAAUCAUCCCGAACUUUCUCCAUAUUGUGCUGCGCGCGACUUGGCUCAAGCUUUGCCUUCGAGUGAAGUAAAAACAUGGCCGCAGGGUUUAAGAAAAGGGCGGGAGAGCAGUCCCCUACUCCCCGGGAUUAUUUUCCUUCAAAGUUGAGACGAGUGCUCGCUGCCGCUGACGGAUGCCCGAAAUCCACAAUAGACUUACACUGGCGUGAGCGGAGGCGUGCCCCACGAAUCUCCUAAGAAAGGAAGUAACUCCGUCGAGGAUUACUGCUGACUGACAUCUUGGCCCAAGGAAUCUGAACACAAGAAAAACCUAAAAAGUGGCCUCCUGGAAGCAGAAAGAUGCGGGGCACUCCUCUGCACAGGUCGGGCCAGUUCUUGUCUUUGAAGUAAAGCCCUUCUGGAAUUCUCAGGCCAAUGGGAUUGUUUGUAGCAGAGCAGCUUCUGUGAACCUGAUCCAGCAUGAAGAUGGAUCAAGCCUCCAGUUACGUCCUGGCGCCAUGAUGUCUCGAAGAUAUUUUUUAGCAUGAUGUAUGAAACAGGCUGGGUCUAAUCUGACAGCGGCGACAUUCCAGAGGCAGACCCAAUCACUGACAACGAUGACGCCGAUACGAUGCGAACGAAGCGGAAGUAUGCCCUUGACGGAGUCCCCGGCUCCAUACCAAAACCAAGCUCCGGCGAGAAGGCCCCAAGCCGUGCCGAUCUGAUCCAGACGCUAGGAGGGGUGAAUAGGCUGGCCGACGCCGUGCUGAAGGGGGGAGAUUUAUGGGCGAAGUUAGUACUUCUCCGCACCGCCAUCGUGGCUCCCCUGUUUUCCCUUCAAAGCGUAUACUUACUUGACUUAUGAAGGAGAGCCACAUAGAUGGGCCGAAAGGUGGACGAAGGUGCUCACUCUUUUCUUAAAGGUGCGGCGCUUUCUUUGACGCAGAAACCACUUGGAAAGCGAUGUCGGCUCCGUGGCCCAGCAUCGACGUGACAACAAAGGGAACCAACAAGGGGAGCUCUUUGGUCCGUCUUCUUAGUCGCGAGAGUGUGCGCAAAGCCUUGGGCAUCGAGUCGGGCAUGAAGACGAAGGACCUCAUCUUACGGCUGCUGCUUUCUGAUCUUUUUAGCUUACCCUUACAGGAACUGAGUUCGCGGCGUAUAUCUGAGUAGCAAGGUCGUGGCCCGCUUUUUUCUAAAAAUCCGCAUCGUAAAAACUUUAGGCGGCAGCCAUCUACUAACAGCAGAAUCAAUAGCGGCAACCAUCUCCGUACUAGAAUACAAAGUAGCCCAUCGCGUAGCUCUUAUUGAUGUAGUUCGUUUCUAUCGUGUAGCUGUUUCUCCUUGCUGAUGGUCAAGACUGACCACUUGCGACGCUUUGACGAUGAUGACAGGCUGUGCCCGCUAAGAGUCGAGGAGAGAGUGGCGGUUUUCGGGGACGCUCAGAACGACUUUUAUGCGCAAACCCAGACACUUACGCCGGCUUAUCUGCCGCGACGCUCAAAGCACAACCUAGAAAGGCGAUCGCUUAGCUUCCCAUGAUAGUUUCUCGUGAUCAAGUUAGUCCCUCUUGCUUUCUGAUGCUUCUGCUAGCUGGCGUGUGCUCUGGUCUGUGUCUCUUGCUCCUAAGUAAGUUCGCGUCCUCUUUCCUUCAGGAUGAUGAGAAUCACUCGAGAGGAGGGAGAAAAUGAGCACAAGUCCUGAGAAAGGGCCGGCAUCUAGCUAGCGUGGUGCCAUCUCUUCAAAUAGUUCACAGGUCUCUGCCUAUCAUAGCCGCCUUUACUGUAGUCUCUGUCUCGAGUGUUCUGAUCGCUCUAAAUUGGGGAGAUGUUCCAAC